AUGUCACCGCGCAAAAUCCGUUCCUUCUUCACGACCGCCACUCACUACCAGGGCGAGGUGGACUGCCGGAACCGUCGGUCCGGCAUCGGCCAACAGGUCCAGCGGAACGGCCUGCUGUACGAGGGCAGCUGGCGGGACGGUUUGAGGCAUGGUCACGGAAUUGUGUACCGGAAGGAGCCCGGGACGACGGAUUUGUACGUCAAGAUUUACGUGGGCGCGUGGGAGGGCGGUCGGAAGCACGGAUUUGGCGUGAAAUACUACAAGCGUGGAAAGUACGUUGGUUUUUGGCGCCGGGAUCAACGCAGCGGACGUGGAUUUAUGUGGUUUGACAGCGGAAACUUUUACAUGGGCCACUGGCUGGGUGAUCGGUUCGAUGGGUUGGGGACACUGCUGGAAGGGGGGACGGGGAAUUUGUACCAAGGGGAGUUCCGAGGGGGACAGAAACAUGGCGAAGGACUGUACGUGCAUAGCCGGACGGGGCAGAUUCAGCGGGGAUUUUGGACGGAAGGGGUGUUCCGGACGGGGACGCUGGAGGACUGUAACCGGAAUCAGGUGUUGUGGCCGACCGUUUAUCCGAUUCCGGAGAUCAAAUUGGCAAAUUUCCCUGAAAUCUUCGAAGAGUGGAUGUAUCAAUUCUCAAAGGCACUCCAAAAUUGACCGGCACAGCUUACUUUGGUCAAACAUUUUUCGAUAAACAAAGCCAC